AUGGAACUCACAGCAAAAGCAAAUAAAAAGGAUAAUCAGACUGAGCCUCCAAAAGAUGCCAUAAUCCCUGAUAAUGAAGAACUUCUAGACUACCACUGUCAAAUAAAGGAAAAUAUGUUAGAACGAUUCAUGCUUCAAAUAAAGAAACUUAGGGAAAAGAAUAAAAAAUUUCUUGAAAGAAAUAAACGUUUAAAGGAUGAACAGAGUUGGCACAUAAAAAACCUAAUAAAGGAACUUAGUGAAGACAAGUCAGAGGGAUUGAAAGUUGUAACAAGAGAGGAAAUUGAAACAGCAAUGAAGGAAAAAUGGCAGUAUGAAAGAGAUCAGGAGUCAAACUUGAAAGCUAUGCGUUUGCAAAUAAUUAACACUGAAAAGGUAUUUCUUGAGAAACUCAGUGAGAAGGAAUAUUGGGAAGAGUACAAGAAUGUAGGGUGUGAAAAACAUGCUAAAACCAUUGACUCCUUACAACAAGACAUCAAUACAGUACAAGAGAAUGCAGAAAAAAUGGCAGAGCAAUAUAAAAUCAACCUAGAAGAUAUUAGAAAGAAAAUUAUCAAAGAGACUAUAUUGCAUCUGGAUGCCAAAAAGGAAUGGGCCACACAGAAUGCUAUAAAAUUAAUUGACAAGAACAGCCAUCGAGAAAUCUUGGAAAACUACUGGCUAAAGAAAGAGAUAGAAAUUCACAGGAAAGAAGUUGAAGAAUUAGAAAAGGUUAUUCAGGAACUGGAAGAAGAAAAUUUGGAGCUUCUUGACCAACUAUUCAACUGCAGACUUGCAGAUCUCAGAGUACCCAGGCAACUGUAUCUUACCCAAGCUGCUGGACAGCCAGUACAACCUGAAGAAAUGCCUUUGGAGACACAAGAAACAUUUUUUGAAGUAAUACCUAAAAAAGAUGAAGACAUAGCAAGUUCAUCAGUUGAGAGCACUGAAUUAAAUAUUUGUCAUGAAGACAUUAUCAAAGAUAGCCAGGUUCUGAACAAAGAUGAAGAGGAUACCUUCGAUACAGAAUUUGGAAUGCCUAAUAUAAAACAACUAUUAUAUGAGGAUGAGCAAGAUUUCAAGGAUUAUGUAAACCUGGGUCCCUUGGCAGUGAAGUUGAUGAGGAUAGAGAGCAAGAAAAUGCCCAUUCAUCUUCAAGAUAAGCAAAGUCCAAUCAGAAUCUAUGAAGACUCCAAAAGCCCAGAAAACCACAUCACAUAUAAAGUAAUGAAGUCUUUUCUCUAA